GCAAAGAAGGAGAAGGAGGAGGGGCGGGACUCCAGUCGGAUCGCAGCCGGCCGCGGCGACGGAGGCUGGGCCCGGGGCUCGGCGGGCCCCCAGCCGCUGUGCAAGACGCCUCGGAGGCGGUGACGCUCCCCUCAGGGAGGUCCGGCGGCCGACCGCUAGCCGCACCCGGGUGGUUGCCAAGGGCCUGCCCCGGCUGCGGGGUUAGUUGCUAGGGCCUCCAUCUUGAGGCCGGUGGCCGCGGCGGCCCCGGAAGGGGUUGCCGAACAGGGCAUUCACUUCCGGUCUGGGGCCUGCGGCGGCGGCGGUGGCGGCGGCGGCGGCAGCGGGUCGGUGUAGAAAAUGGCGCUGGUGCAGCGGCUCGGGCCUCUCCCCGCGGCGCUGCGGAGGGCUUGAGGCUCGCGAGCCUCACUCGCCGCGCCCCACUUGCUCGUGCACUUUACACACAUGAGAGAAUUGGAAGCUAAAGCUACCAAAGACGUAGAAAGGAAUCUUAGCAGGGAUUUAGUGCAAGAAGAAGAACAGUUGAUGGAAGAAAAGAAAAAGAAAAAAGACGACAAGAAAAAGAAGGAAGCUGCUCAAAAGAAGGCCACUGAACAAAAAAUCAAAGUGCCAGAACAGAUAAAGCCCAGUGUAAGCCAGCCUCAGCCUGCCAACUCUAAUAACGGCACUUCCACAGCAACCAGCACUAAUAAUAAUGCCAAGCGAGCCACAGCCAACAAUCCGCAGCAGCAGCAGCAGCCACAGCCGCCACAGCCGCCACAGCAGCCGCCCCAGCAGCCCCCGCAGUCCCCGCAGCCGCCGCAGCAGCCGCCGCAGCCAGCACAGGCCUUGCCUCGGUAUCCUCGAGAAGUACCGCCACGAUUUCGCCACCAGGAACACAAACAGCUUCUAAAGAGGGGUCAGCAUUUUCCUGUCAUAGCAGCAAACCUGGGAUCUGCUGUUAAAGUGUUAAGCAGCCAGUCAGAAAACAGUGCUUUAACAAAUCAACAGCCACAAAAUAACGGAGAGGUGCAGAACAGCAAAAACCAGUCAGAUAUAAACCACAAUACUUCAGGAUCCCAUUAUGAAAAUUCGCAGCGGGGACCUGGGUCUUCUCCGAGUGACUCUAGCACAAAUUAUAAGAAUGCUGUUGUAAACGACUCCCUUGAAAAAGAAGCAUGGCCCUCAGUCCCUGGCAGUGAUCCAGAGUUGGCUUCAGAAUGUAUGGAUGCUGAUUCUGCCUCCAGUUCUGAAUCAGAGAGAAACAUCACUAUCAUGGCUUCAGGGAGCUCCGGCGGUGAAAAAGAUGGCCUUCGGAAUAGCACUGGACUUGGUUCCCAAAACAAGUUUGUGGUUGGUAGCAGCAGCAAUAAUGUGGGCCAUGGAAGUAGUACUGGGCCAUGGGGUUUUUCCCAUGGAGCCAUAAUAAGCACAUGUCAGGUCUCUGUGGAUGCUCCUGAAAGCAAAUCAGAAAGUAGCAACAAUAGAAUGAAUGCUUGGGGCACUGUAAGUUCUUCAUCAAAUGGAGGGUUAAAUCCAAGCACUUUGAAUUCAGCUAGCAACCAUGGUGCCUGGCCAGUAUUAGACAACAACGGACUUGCCCUCAAAGGGCCUGUAGGGAGCAGUAGUUCUGGCAUCAAUAUUCAGUGCAGUACCAUAGGCCAGAUGCCUAACAAUCAGAGUAUUAACUCUAAAGUGGGUGGUUCUUCCACCCAUGGUACCUGGGGAAGCCUUCAGGAAACUUGUGAAUCUGAAGUAAGUGGUACACAGCAGGUUUCAUUCAGUGGUCAACCUCAGAAUAUUACCACUGAGAUGACUGGACCAAAUAACACUACUAACUUUAUGACCUCUAGUUUACCAAACUCCGGUUCAGUACAGAAUAAUGAACUGCCUAGUAAUACAGGGGCCUGGCGUGUGAGCACAAUGAAUCAUCCUCAGAUACAGGCUCCGUCGGUUAUGAAUGGCACUUCCCUUUCUCACCUUAGCAAUGGAGAGCCAAAAAGUGGAGGCUCUUACGGUACUACGUGGGGUGCCUAUGGUUCUAAUUACUCUGGAGACAAAUGUUCGAGCCCUAACGGCCAAGCUAAUGGUGACACUGUGAAUGCAACUCUAAUGCAGCCUGGCAUAAAUGGGCCUAUGGGCACUAACUUUCAAGUGAACACAAAUAAAGGAGGAGGCGUGUGGGAGUCUGGGGCAGCGAAUUCCCAGAGUGCGUCGUGGGGAAGUGGAAAUGGCGCAAAUUCUGGAGGAAGUCGACGAGGAUGGGGAACUCCCGCACAAAACACUGGCACUAAUAUACCCAGCGUGGAGUGGAGCAAACUGCCUAGCAAUCAGCAUUCCAAUGACAGUGCAAAUGGCAACGGUAAGAAGUUUACAAACGGAUGGAAAUCUACUGAGGAAGAGGAUCAGGGUUCUGCCACAUCUCAGACAAAUGAGCAGAACAGUGUGUGGGCCAAAACAGGAGGUACAGUGGAGAGUGAAGGUAGUACAGAAAGCACUGGACGCCUCGAGGAGAAAGCAACUGGGGAAAAUCAGAGUAGAGAUAGGAGAAAAAUUGAUCAGCACACAUUACUCCAAAGCAUCGUAAACAGAACUGACUUGGAUCCACGUGUCCUCUCCAACUCUGGUUGGGGACAGACUCCUAUUAAGCAGAAUACUGCCUGGGAUACAGAAACAUCACCUAGAGGGGAAAGAAAGACUGACAAUGGGACAGAGGCCUGGGGAAGCUCUGCAACACAGACUUUUAACUCAGGGGCAUGUAUAGAUAAGACUAGCCCUACUAGUAAUGAUACCUCAUCUGUAUCGGGGUGGGGAGAUCCCAAACCUGCUCUGAGGUGGGGAGAUUCCAAAGGCUCAAGCUGCCAGGGGGGAUGGGAAGAUGACUCUGCUGCUACAGGAAUGGUCAAGAGCAAUCAGUGGGGGAACAGCAAAGAAGAGAAGUCCGCAUGGAAUGAUUCGCAAAAGAGCAAACAGGGAUGGGGUGAUGGACAAAAAUCAAACCAAGGGUGGUCCGUUUCUGCUGGUGAAAACUGGGGGGAAACUUCAAGGAGUAACCAUUGGGGUGAGGCUAAUAAGAAAUCUAGCUCAGGAGGUAGUGACAGUGACAGGUCCGUUUCUGGUUGGAACGAACUUGGUAAAACUAGUUCCUUUACUUGGGGAAAUAACAUAAAUCCAAAUAAUUCAUCAGGAUGGGAUGAAUCUUCUAAACCUAAUCCUUCCCAGGGAUGGGGAGAUCCUCCAAAGUCUAAUCAGUCUCUAGGUUGGGGAGAUUCGUCAAAGCCAGUCAGUUCUCCAGACUGGAACAAGCAACAAGACAUUGUCGGGUCUUGGGGAAUCCCACCAGCUACAGGCAAACCUCCUGGUACCGGCUGGCUGGGAGGACCUAUACCAGCCCCAACAAAAGAAGAAGAGCCCACAGGCUGGGAGGAACCAUCCCCCGAAUCCAUACGUCGUAAAAUGGAGAUUGACGACGGAACUUCAGCUUGGGGAGAUCCGAGCAAAUACAACUACAAAAAUGUGAACAUGUGGAACAAAAACGUCCCAAAUGGCAGCAGCCGCUCAGACCAGCAAGCACAGGUACACCAGCUGCUGCCGUCUGCAAGUGCCAUCUCAAACAAAGAGGCAGGCAGUGGCUCCGGCUGGGGUGAGCCCUGGGGGGAGCCUUCUACUCCAGCCACAACUGUGGAUAAUGGUACUUCAGCAUGGGGUAAACCCAUAGACAGUGGUCCCAGCUGGGGGGAGCCCAUUGCUGCGGCAUCCAGCACAUCCACGUGGGGCUCCAGCUCUGUUGGUCCUCAAGCAUUAAGCAAAUCUGGGCCAAAAUCUAUGCAAGAUGGCUGGUGUGGUGAUGAUAUGCCAUUGCCUGGAAAUCGCCCCACUGGCUGGGAAGAGGAAGAGGAUGUAGAGAUUGGAAUGUGGAAUAGUAAUUCAUCUCAAGAGCUUAACUCAUCUUUAAAUUGGCCACCAUAUACAAAGAAAAUGUCAUCGAAGGGUCUGAGUGGCAAAAAAAGGAGAAGGGAAAGGGGAACCAUGAAAGGUGGAAACAAACAAGAAGAAGCUUGGAUAAAUCCAUUCGUUAAACAGUUUUCAAAUAUCAGUUUUUCGAGAGACUCACCAGAAGAAAAUGUACAGAGCAAUAAGAUGGAUCUUUCCGGAGGAAUGUUACAGGACAAACGAAUGGAGAUAGAUAAACAUAGCCUAAAUAUUGGUGAUUACAAUCGAACGGUCGGGAAAGGCCCUGGUUCUCGGCCUCAGAUUUCCAAAGAGUCUUCCAUGGAGCGCAGCCCUUACUUUGAUAAGGAUGGCAUUGUAGCAGAUGAAUCCCAAAACAUGCAGUUUAUGUCCAGUCAAAGCAUGAAGCUUCCCCCUUCAAAUAGUGCACUACCUAACCAGGCCCUUGGCUCCAUAGCAGGGCUGGGUAUGCAAAACUUGAAUUCUGUUAGACAGAAUGGCAAUCCCAGUAUGUUCGGUGUUGGAAACACAGCAGCACAACCCCGGGGCAUGCAGCAGCCUCCAGCACAACCUCUUAGUUCAUCUCAGCCUAAUCUCCGUGCUCAAGUGCCUCCUCCAUUACUCUCCCCUCAGGUUCCAGUUUCAUUGCUGAAGUAUGCACCAAACAACGGUGGCCUGAAUCCGCUCUUUGGCCCUCAACAGGUAGCCAUGCUGAACCAGCUAUCCCAACUAAACCAGCUUUCUCAGAUCUCCCAAUUACAGCGAUUGUUAGCGCAGCAGCAAAGGGCCCAGAGUCAGAGAAGCGUGCCUUCUGGGAACCGGCAGCAGCAAGACCAGCAGGGUCGACCUCUUAGCGUGCAGCAGCAGAUGAUGCAGCAGUCCCGGCAACUCGAUCCCAGCCUGUUGGCGAAGCAGCAGACCCCGCCAUCUCAGCAGCAGCCACUCCAUCAGCCAGCCAUGAAAUCUUUCCUCGAGAAUGUCAUGCCCCACACUACACCUGAGCUGCAAAAAGGGCCAUCACCAAUAAAUGCUUUCAGCAACUUCCCGAUAGGCUUGAACUCAAACUUGAAUGUAAAUAUGGAUAUGAACAGUAUUAAAGAGCCACAGUCAAGACUAAGGAAGUGGACUACAGUGGACAGCAUUUCUGUGAACACAUCUUUGGAUCAAAACUCCAGCAAACAUGGUGCUAUUUCAAGUGGUUUCAGGCUGGAAGAGUCUCCAUUUGUUCCCUAUGACUUUAUGAACAGCAGUACUUCUCCAGCCAGCCCUCCGGGUUCAAUAGGAGAUGGCUGGCCACGUGCCAAAUCGCCUAACGGCUCUAGCAGUGUUAACUGGCCACCAGAAUUUCGCCCUGGUGAACCAUGGAAAGGUUAUCCAAACAUUGACCCUGAAACUGACCCUUACGUCACUCCUGGCAGUGUCAUAAACAAUCUUUCAAUUAAUACUGUGCGGGAAGUUGACCACCUCAGGGACAGGAACAGUGGGUCUUCCUCAUCCUUGAACACCACGCUGCCUUCAACUAGUGCCUGGUCAUCCAUUCGUGCCUCCAACUACAACGUUCCCCUCAGCAGCACAGCACAAAGCACUUCAGCCAGAAAUAGUGAUUCCAAAUUGACAUGGUCUCCUGGUUCAGUUACAAACACCUCUCUGGCUCAUGAGCUGUGGAAGGUCCCUUUACCACCUAAAAACAUCACUGCUCCGUCCCGCCCACCUCCGGGACUGACUGGUCAGAAGCCACCCUUGUCUACAUGGGAUAACUCUCCCCUUCGUGUAGGUGGAGGAUGGGGAAAUUCUGACGCCAGGUACACCCCAGGUUCCAGCUGGGGUGAGAGCAGCUCAGGGAGAAUAACAAAUUGGCUUGUUCUAAAGAACCUUACACCUCAGAUCGAUGGCUCAACUCUGCGUACUCUGUGCAUGCAGCAUGGCCCACUGAUAACAUUCCACCUGAACCUCCCACAUGGAAAUGCUUUGGUCCGUUACAGUUCAAAAGAAGAGGUAGUGAAGGCACAAAAGUCUCUGCACAUGUGUGUAUUGGGGAACACUACUAUUCUUGCUGAGUUUGCCAGUGAAGAGGAGAUCAGCCGUUUCUUUGCACAAAGUCAGUCUUUGACCCCUUCUCCUGGCUGGCAGUCUCUCGGGUCCAGCCAGAGCCGGCUGGGCUCCCUCGACUGUUCCCACUCGUUCUCCAGCCGGACCGAUCUCAAUCACUGGAAUGGUGCUGGGCUGUCGGGAACUAACUGUGGAGACCUUCACGGCACUUCACUCUGGGGGACCCCACAUUAUUCCACAAGCCUGUGGGGUCCUCCCAGCAGCAGCGACCCCCGGGGAAUUAGCAGCCCAUCCCCCAUUAAUGCUUUUCUUUCUGUUGACCACCUGGGUGGGGGUGGAGAGUCCAUGUAACGUGUAGAUGUAGACUCACGAACUGUGACCUCAAGAAGCGAAAGAAAGGAGCACUAAGUUGGGCUCGCCGCCUGCAGCCAGGGGCCACCUGUGGGAACAGCUCUUCUCUGCACAUUUUCCACUUUGUUUUCCCUGAAACAUAUCAGUUUGAAUACUUGAAUCAUGCAGGCCAAUAUUAUAAUGUGAAAAGGUAUCUAUCUAUUUACACUCCCAAAUAGCGCCAUACAUGCUAAACCGUGUAGAAUGAGCUCACUCGUGUAUAUUCAUCAUGUUUAGCCUUUGGGUUCUUUUCUUUUUUUCCUCCCUGCCCCUUCCCUGUUUCUCUCCCCAUCCUUCACCUGCUGUUGCCCUUUUUUUUUUUUUUUACCCCC